GAGCGGGACCACGUGCUGAGGAGGAAGAGAACUGACAACAGUAGCGGUACUUAAGAAUGGAGAGGCCCAGUCUCUCCUGCUUUAUAUCAGACCAUGAAGGUUUCCAUGGGACCAUUAAAAAGUCACCCCAAGACUUUGUGGUUAUUGAGAUAGACAUCAAUGGACAACUUGUUAACAGUUCUAAUGUUCAAGAAGAACUUCGGACAAGUCCUUCUCAAUCAAGCCAGGCUAGCAAAAGGGAUGAUAAAUUAAAGCAGUCUAAACCAGAUGACACUGACAUUUUAAAUCAGGAUUGCUUUGAUCUGAAUAUAAUCUUGGGUCCAGCUGUGAACAAAGAGUUGGAACAUUUCACUAACAAAGUAAGAGUAAGAGCUGGAGAGCAAGAAAAGGUGGAACUGUUAUUGGGUUCUUAUCCUGAUAAACACCUGAGAGCUGUUGUCCAUAGAGCAGUACGAUACAACUUCCCCUUCCUCCAGACGGUGACCAACCAAUCAGAAAUUCGGGUCAGAGAGGACCCAGACUUCAAGGAGCUUGCAAGCUUAGCCUCUGAGGGAGAAGCUGAGGAGUUCUUCAGGUUCAUCGAUGCCAAAUUACCUGGUUCUGUGUUCACUUUCCUGCCAGAUGAUAGCAAGGAGCACAGAACUUCAGUUCACCAUUUUGUUAGCAGGCGGUUUGGAAAGCUUGUGGAAACCAAGAGCUUCACAGACCAGCAGAAGACUUCUAUCACAGUGAGACUAAGAGAGAGAAGCAAACAACUCAAAAAGAGAGCAGCGGAUUCUCAAGAGGAGUUGAUAUUAUACACCGCUUUCACACUGAGAAAGGAGAACUUGGAGACUUUGGAGGCCAUCAGCUAUAUGGCUGCUGUACUCGGAGUGCUUCCGUCUGAUUUUACCUACGCAGGAAUCAAAGACAAGCGCGCCAUCACCUACCAGGCCAUGGUGGUGAAAAAGAUCUCUCCAGAGCGGUUGCUGGACAAAGUCUCAGAGUUUGAGCGGAGGGGAAUACAGAUCUCUCGCGUCCGUCCUGUGUCUGAACCCCUUAAACUCGGCAGACUACAGGGUAAUCACUUUGAUCUUGUCAUCAGAGACCUGAAGCCUCAUGAUAAACAUGGACUUACAGGACUGCAGCAGCUUGUAAAAGAGGCAGUGGAAAAUGUGAAGAACAGAGGCUUUGUAAAUUAUUAUGGUCCCCAACGGUUUGGAAGUGGAUCAUGUGUCCAAGCAGACCAAGUAGGACUUGAGCUCUUGAAGGAGAAAAUGGAGGCUUCUGUUAAGCUGUUCUUCACUCCAGAGGAGGGUGAAGAUCUCCAGAACAAGGCAAAACGUCAUUUUCUUCUCACUGGGAAUGCCAAGGAGAGUUUGGCUCUAAUGCCAGCUUACAAAGCCAGAGAGCGGCUUAUGCUCCGUGCGCUUCACAGGUACGGCAGCGGACAGGAGGGUUGCAUACGUGGCUGGCUCAGUUUACCCCACAGCAUGAGGGUCUUCUACCUCCACUCUUACUGUAGCAGAGUGUGGAAUGAAGCCGCCAACUACCGGCUCCAGAAACUGGGCUUUAAGCCUGUUCAGGGAGAUCUGGUUAGGGCUGGAUCUGAAAAGGGACUCAAAGACACCACAGAGGAACUGCACACUCCACAAGUCCAUGUUGUAACCUCUGAGGAGGAGAAGGAUGAAGUUUUUUCACUAGACCAGGUAAUUCUUCCGAUGCCAGGAAAUAGUGUCAAAUACCCUGAAAACUUUCUGGGCCAGUGGUAUCAAGACCGACUGGCUCAGGAUGGCUUGGGGCAAUGCCGUUUUAGAGUGACUCCCCUUAAACUCAAUGUCCCGGGAUGUUAUCGCCCCCUUCUCGCAAAGCCACAGAAUAUUACCUACAGCCUGCGGACCACAGAGGAGCAGCAGGGUCAGUCAGACGAGACUUGCACAGCCAGUCUAUCACUAACCUUUGAUCUGGAUGCAUCCUGCUACGCUACUGUGUGUCUCGGAGAGAUAAUGAAGAGCAAUCUUUCACAGUGACGGUGAUUAAAAAUGUUUACAGACUAAAUAAUGUGGAUCUUUGGUAACGUCAAAUAUAAGGGCUGUUUUGUUCCAUAUUAUGUAAAUGACUACAAGGACUACCUGUCAUAAAGCAUUUGUGCCUUCACUUGCAAGAAAAGAAGAGGAUCUUCUGUGCCAGUGUAAUUGAUGAGGAGGAUGUGAGCGAUCUAUCUGGAACUCUUGAUAGGACUUGAAGAUGUACAUGCAAAGAUUUAAUAAAAAUCUUAUUGAAAAAUCUC